AUGUCCGAGUCUGCAUCCCACCCACCCCCAACUCGUCCGCCCGCCGCCCACACACACACCGUGCCCCCGGAGGGCGUCCGAAUCACCGCGCAGCCCGCGCGCGUGUCGGACACGACGACGACGAGGCCCGAACGCGCGGCGGACGAUACACAGCACAAGGCAGAGCGGGUCCGAGGCGGGUGCAUCCCGUGUCCGGACGGGACGGUGUGCUACAUCAUACCCAUCCCGUGUUGUUGCUGCUGA